UUUCCAGCUCCAUAUGUUCCCUGUGAGUGUCGCCUCCUUCGCGCUUGCGCCGGCCGUCCGGCCGGUGGUGACGACGCCGGUGGUCCGCGCGCCCGCCCCGCUCGCCGUCGCGCCCGCCGCGGCCGGCUUCGAGAAGGGCAUGUCCCAGUUCGCGGCGGACUACCCCUGGCUCGCGAAAUACGGUUUUGGCCCGACGGUCAAGGCGGAGAGGUGGAACGGCCGCCACGCCAUGUUUGGCUGGCUGGCGAUCCUGGGGACGGGCGUUGCCAAGUCGCACGGCUGGCUGCCCAGCGGGGACGUCGCCCUCACCUACAACGAGUGGGGCGGGCUCGCGCAGCAGGGAUUCAACACUUACAUCACCAACGAGCGCGCCAUCAUCAUGAUCGCGCACGUCCACGCGCUGGCCGUGUCGGCCGCCGCAGCCUUCGGCCCGCAGGUGCUCGGCGACUCGCUCACGCUGCUCGACGGCGAGAAGGACGAGGACCCGUAUGGUCUCUUUGUGCCCCUCAAGGGCACGUUUGGCCUCACGCCUGCGGCAGAGAUGGCAAACGGGCGCAUGGCCAUGAUGGGCAUCAUCGCCGUCGCGACCGGGCUGCACCGCCUGUCGGUCCGCGGAGAUCAGAUCACGCCGCCAGACGGCCCCGCCUCUCCCACUCUCCACAACGGCAGGACCAGCCCAGCAAAGCCGCGCAUCUUUGUCGACUCGCGGGGCAAACGGGUCGCCAAAGGGAGUGCUGAUGCGACCGCCGAGUGCACUUCAGUGGGGGCAGCCCCUGGCGGGAUCGGGAAAGCGCCCUGCGACCGCAAACCGCGAACCUACGUCGCCAACCAAUUUGUGUUUGAAGCGCCCGUCUACCGCCAGCACGGUGCGUUCAUCGACAGCAACGGUCCGCUCCCCCGCUUUUUCGAACUGGCUCCGCCCUAG